ACAACAGAAAUUCAAAACCAAACGCCCAAGAAAAAAAAAAAUGCUUCUCUGCAACUGCAAGCCUUCACUCUUCACUAUAUCCCCACCCAGAAUCUCAAUUUCCACUCCAAGAAACCCCAAAAGCUCGUUCUCGAUCAUCACCAACUCCACGGCCAGCGACCCACCGCGGCGAAGAGCCAUGUCAGCCUUCGAAACCCGAGUCUCUCUCGUCCUCGCUCUCGCUUCCCAAGCCUCCUCUCUCUCCCAGAGACGUAAAUUUUUAGCUGAUACAGCGACCGAGGCUGUGAGGUACGUGUUCCCGAAAAGGUUCGAGAGUCGGACUCUCGAGGAGGCUUUGAUGGCAGUUCCGGACCUGGAGACUGUGAAUUUCAAGGUUUUGAGUAGGAGAGACCAGUACGAGAUAAGGGAAGUUGAGCCUUACUUUAUAGCAGAGGCAACAAUGCCUGGGAACACUGGAUUCGAUUUCAAUGGAGCAUCUAAAUCCUUUAAUGUAUUAGCCGCGUACCUGUUUGGUAAGAAUACAACAAAGGAGAAAAUGGAGAUGACUACACCUGUUUUUACGCGUAAGGCCAAUUCUGAUGGGGAGAAAAUGGAAAUGACAACUCCUGUGAUAACAAAGAGGCUGGAAGAUCAAGAUAAGUGGCAGAUGUCUUUUGUCAUGCCCUCAAAGUAUGGUGCCAAUUUGCCGCAGCCUAAAGAUCCGUCUGUGCGGAUCACAGAGGUUCCAAGAAAAAUUGUUGCAGUUCUUGCCUUUUCAGGUUUUGUCACCGAUGAAGAAGUUGAACGACGGGAAUCAAAGUUAAGAGAAGCUCUGGAAAAUGAUAGAGAGUUCCAAAUUAAAGAGGGCGCUUCAGUGGAAAUUGCACAGUACAAUCCGCCAUUUACGCUUCCAUUUCAACGUCGCAAUGAGAUUGCACUGGAAGUAGAAAGGAAAGAAAAUAGCAACUAGCAAUUUUACAAUCUUGAUGUAUACUGAAUUUAGACCCUGUGCGUAAAGUAAACAAAAACAGUUUUGUACAUAUCCAGCCCAUUCAGGGUUCAUAAAAGUGUGGUAUCUUAGUAUUUGAUUUCA